UUGCCGAGUCCACUGCCACCGUUUAAAGACUUGCAAACCCUCCUCUCUCUCCCUCUAGUUUUUUUUUUCUCUUGAUUUAUGGCCAAAGGAAGUGGUGGACUCUCCAUUGAUUCAGAUCCAAUCGCUACCAGUGGCUUCUUUCUACACAAACCAACUGUGCUCACUUCUUUCCCUGAAGAGAACAUCAAUCCCAAGUGGAAACAACUUGCUGCAACUAGCGCGAGACAAUCCAUGGAUGUUAAACCGACUAGAUCUCCUCCUUCUACUUUCCAAUUCCCUGUCAAACUUAUAAACACCAAUGAACAUGACCACGAUCAUGAUCCUGAUUCUUCUUUGCCAUCUGAUAAUAGACGACGGACGGUCAUCGAUGAGAUGGACUUUUUUGCUGACAAGAAACAUGAUGUUGAUCGCAUGACCAUCAUAAACAAUGGUACUGGUGAUUUAAAAGACUCUGGAAGUCCUACUGGAUUGGAGCUAAACGUCAACACUGGUUUGAAUCUUCUUACUACCAAUACUAGCAGUGAACAAUCGACUGUGGAUGAUGGCGUAUCGUUGAACAUGGAAGAUAAAAGAGCCAAGAGUGAGCUAGCUGUUCUGCGAGCUGAGGUAGAACGAAUGAAAGUGGAGAAUCUACGGUUGAAAGACAUGUUAAAUCAUGUUACUAGUAAUUACAAUGCACUGCAGAUGGAUUUAGUUACACUUAUGCAGGACCAAAAUUCUCAUCACAAGAAUGAACAGCGUGAUGGCAAAAACAAAGAUGAUGGGAUAGUUCCAAGGCAGUGUAUGGAUCUUGGUCUAGUUGCUGCUGCGGGUGGCGGUGACACGGAUGACCUUUCUCUAUCUACAUCAGAAGGAGGAAGGAGGCGUGAUCGAUCAAGAUCAUCUGGAAAUAAUGCAGAGAAUAACAACGAAGAUGGGACAGUCUUUGAACAAGAUAAGAAAGGAACCGAUCAACGAGAGGAGAGCCCGGAUCAAGGUUGGGGCUCUAAUAAGGCUGCUAGAUUUAACUCGACGAAAACUGUUGAUCAAACGGAGGCUACAAUAAGGAAGGCUCGUGUGUCUGUUCGAGCUAGAUCAGAGGAUGCUACGAUAUCGGAUGGAUGCCAAUGGCGAAAGUAUGGACAGAAGAUGGCAAAAGGAAAUCCAUGUCCUCGAGCUUAUUAUCGGUGCACCAUGGCUGCUGGUUGCCCAGUUCGAAAACAGGUACAGAGAUGCGCAGAAGAUCGGACCAUCCUCACAACUACAUACGAGGGAAACCACAGCCACCCUUUGCCUCCGGCUGCCACGGCAAUGGCAUCAACCACAUCAUCGGCGGCAAGAAUGUUGUUGUCAGGCUCCAUGUCUAGUACUGAUGGACUGAUGAACUCAAAUUUCCUUACCAGAACGAUCCUCCCAUGCUCCUCUAGUCUUGCCACUAUAUCUGCUUCAGCUCCAUUUCCUACUGUUACAUUGGACCUAACCCAAAAUCCCAGCCCUCUACAGCUCCCAAAGCAACCAAUUCAAUUUCAAUUCCCACUUCCAAACCCACCUCAAAAUCUUGCCACCGCUUCAGCUGCAGCAUUGCUGCCUCAGAUUCUUGGACAAGCACUCCACAAUCAAUCAAAGUCCUUUGGCCUGCAAAUGUCUCAAGAUAUGCAACCUAAUCGAUUGGGCCACCAAUCACAACCUGCAUUACAGCAGGGGCAGCAAAAUUCAUUGGCUGACAGCUUGACCACAACAACUGCUGCCAUUGCAGCUGAUCCUAACUUCACUGCAGCUCUAGCAGCAGCAAUUACCUCGAUAAUUGGUGGGGCUCACCAAAACAACAUUAAUAGUAUUAAUAACGUUCAGGCAACGACCAACAACAACAAUAGCAAUGGCAACAUAACUACCAGCAACAACAAUAGCUAUGGUCACAAUAAAAUUAUCAAUUCAAGUUUUCCGAGCGAUUAAAAUAAAUUCUUUUCUUUUUACAGUUGGGAAGAUUUUCCUUUUCCUUUACUUUUACCAUAGCAAACAAAUUCAUUUAAAAAAAAAUCGAGAGAAGAGGGUUGGUAUUUGGUAGGAUUAUCAUGCAUAGGUUUGGUAUUUGAAUAAUAAUUUCUUUCGAACAUUUCCCAAUUGUAUGGCAACACAAAUAUGAUGUAAAGGUAAAAAGAAUAUUAAAUUAUCUUUCUAUGGUCUCCUAAAUAAAAGAAGAUUGUCAUGUUUUAA